UGAUCACAUUCCAGAGGUUUUCAAUGGGGUUCAGGUCUGGAGAUUGGGCUGGCCAGGUCAACCUUGUACUUGGCUUGAUUCAUGCCAAAGCUGCCCGAUUCCAGCCUGUCCUGAACUGGAGCCUGUCCACAUUAAACAAGAAGAGACUGAACUGGAGCCUGUCCACAUUAAAGAAGAAGAGACUGAACUGGAGCCUGUCCACAUUAAAGAAGAGACUGAACUGGAGCCUGUCCACAUGAAAGAAGAGACUGAACUGGAGCCUGUCCACAUUAAAGAAGAAGAGACUGAACUGGAGCCUGUCCACAUUAAAGAAGAAGAGACUGAACUGGAGCCUGUCCACAUGAAAGAAGAAGAGACUGAACUGGAGCCUGUCCACAUGAAAGAAGAGACUGAACUGAAGCUUGUCCACAUUAAAGAAGAGACUGAACUGCAAUCUGUCCACAUUGAAGAAGAGUCUGUUGACUUGUUUAAGGAUUCAGAAAACAUAUACCAGCCAAGGAUAUCACAUCAGUAUACUGAAUGUAGGAAGAGCUUCAUUCGGUUAGGAAGCCUAAAAGCACCCCAGCAAAUUCACACUGGAGAGAAGCCGUAUCACUGUGUUGAAUGUGGGGAGAGCUUCACUCAGUUAGGAAGCCUAAAAACACACCAGCGAAUUCACACUGGAGAGAAGCCUUAUCACUGUGCUGAAUGUGGGGAGAGUUUUAGUCGGUCAGGAACCCUACAAAGACACCAGCGAAUUCACACUGGAGAGAAGCCGUAUCACUGUUCUGAAUGUGGGGAGAGCUUCAGUCAGUUAGGAAGUCUAAAAGUACACCAGCGAAUUCACACUGGAGAGAAGCCGAAUCACUGUCAUGAAUGUAUGGAGAGCUUCAGUCAGUUAGGAAACCUAAAAAGACACCAACGAAUUCACACUGGAGAGAAACCGUAUCACUGUUUUGAAUGUGGGAAAAGCUUCACUGACAAAGGAACACUAAACAAACACCAGCGAAUUCACACUGGAGAGAAGCCGUAUCACUGUGCUGAAUGCGGAGAGAGCUUCGGUCGCUUAGGCAGCCUAAAGAAACACCAGAGAAUUCACGCCGGAGCCAGCCUCCCCCCCUCCCAGUCCCUCACCUCUCCACCCUGCUUGUUUGUGUGUGUGGAGAGCUGUCUGAUUCCUUGUGUCUCUCUCACCCUACAGUAAAUGAAGGGAGUCCCCAGGAGUGAGAGCCAGCCUGAAUCCAGAGACACUGAGAAGGGGAGCAUGUCAAGCUGAAGGAGACAGACCCAUUCUUUCAGAAUGAACUGGAGAGCCCUGGGAUUCAGCUCCACUCCUGCCCCUGAAUUGGAAAUGAAACUCACUCAUCAUGCUGUGAGGAUUUAGGACAGAGUUACAAUUAUUUGUUUCAGGGAUGGAAAUAAGACUUCAAUUGCAUAGCAGUUUGAUCAGUUUGUUACCUGUACACUGUGGCUAAUCAAGCUGGCAGUGAAACCUGGAAUGGGCAAAACUGCUAUGCAAUAGGAGUCCUAUUUCCAUCCCUGCUUUGUUUUAUUUCAAGUGGUGCAAACUUUACACUGGAACAAAAGCUGUUUUGGUUUUGAAUGGAUUUGAAUGAAUGAAUUAAUCUGCUCUGCUUAGUGUUUAAAUACUGAGAAACUCCAAGCUUGUUGUAUACUGGAGUCCUGUUUCAGUGCAAUGGGAUUGAAAUACAAUUCCUAUCGUUUUAAUGGGUAGAUUGCUGUGUGUGCAAUUAUUAUGACAGACCCACAAUAUUAGAACUGUAUAAAUAUACUGUAAAACAUGAAAGGUUUGCAAACAAAUUUUGCAUGCAUUACUAAUCUGCAAAAACAUACAUGCUGCAACAUUACCAUUAUUACUACAUUCAUAGUUUGUAAAGUUUGUGAAUAAUUGAUCUAAACAAUCUGCAGAAUGAAGUUGCCUCAGACUGGUUGACAGUAACAGAGCUGGUGCUUUUGUGGAAUCACCAUUAGCUGUUUAUUCCUUUUGGGCAAAAUAUGGCUUGUUUGCUUGUAUUUUGUAUCAGUAUUAUAUCAUUAGAGUGACAAUGCAGUACAUCCUAAGGCAGGCUUAGUUAUUUAGAAAGGAUUUCAUUGACAUUGAGUUUGAGUUCCUGUAUGUUUUCCAGUAUCUGUGUGUAUAAAGGGCACAUUAUUAUGUUUCCAUUACCUCUGUAUGUAAAAGGUUUGCAAUUGUUUAAACUGUCAGUGAUUCCUGAGAUACAGAUCUGCAGUGGAAAUGAGAAAUGGAAUUCCCUCUGUGUCCUGGAAUUCCUUUGCUAGUGUCUCAUGAUGUAAGCCCUGGAGUGUGGGCUCAGUCUUCAUGAAAUGAGAAAUGGAAUUCCUUUGCUAGUGUAUCAUGAUGUAAGCCCUGGAGUGUGGGCUCAGUCUUCAUGAAAUGAGAAAUGGAAUUCCUUUGCUAGUGUAUCAUGAUGUAAGCCCUGGAGUGUGGGCUCAGUCUUCAUGAAAUGAGAAAUGGAAUUCCUUUGCUAGUGUAUCAUGAUGUAAGCCCUGGAGUGUGGGCUCAGUCUUCAUGAAAUGAGAAAUGGAAUUCCUUUGCUAGUGUCUCAUGAUGUAAGCCCUGGAGUGUGGGCUCAGUCUUCAUGAAAUGAGAAAUGGAAUUCCUUUGCUAGUGUAUCAUGAUGUAAGCUCUGGAGUGUGGGCUCAGUCUUCAUGAAAUGAGAAAUGGAAUUCCUUUGCUAGUGUAUCAUGAUGUAAGCUCUGGAGUGUGGGCUCAGUCUUCAUGAAAUGAGAAAUGGAAUUCCUUUGCUAGUGUAUCAUGAUGUAAGCCCUGGAGUGUGGGCUCAGUCUUCAUGAAAUGAGAAAUGGAAUUCCUUUGCUAGUGUCUCAUGAUGUAAGCCCUGGAGUGUGGGCUCAGUCUUCAUGAAAUGAGAAAUGGAAUUCCUUUGCUAGUGUAUCAUGAUGUAAGCUCUGGAGUGUGGGCUCAGUCUUCAUGAAAUGAGAAAUGGAAUUCCUUUGCUAGUGUAUCAUGAUGUAAGCUCUGGAGUGUGGGCUCAGUCUUCAUGAAAUGAGAAAUGGAAUUCCUUUGCUAGUGUAUCAUGAUGUAAGCCCUGGAGUGUGGGCUCAGUCUUCAUGAAAUGAGAAAUGGAAUUCCUUUGCUAGUGUCUCAUGAUGUAAGCGCUGGAGUGUGGGCUCAGUCUUCAUGAAAUGAGAAAUGGAAUUCCUUUGCUAGUGUCUCAUGAUGUAAGCCCUGGAGUGUGGGCUCAGUCUUCUCUGUUGCCUGCUUGUUCUCAGUGUGUGAGUUCAGCUGCAUUUCCAGUGUCCUGAGCUGGGCUUUGAACCCACUGGAGAUGCAGCUGAGAACAAACCAGACCCACGACUCAGGGAUUUUGUUUUAGGUCAAAUAACAAGAUAAGAAACCUUAUACGCAGAACUCUGUUUUAUUGAUGUUUUUUUCUAUGAAUGUAUUACUUCGAAUCUCUUUGCAUUGUGUUGCAAUUUUGACACUGUCACAUUUCAUAUUAAAAAUCACAGCUAAGUCUGUUAGAAAUAGACUACAGAUGUGACCAGAGGUUUUGCCUCACUCUAUAGAAUGAACUAAUUUUGCUUCAUAAAGUCGAAUGAAACCUGCUGAAUAAAGUUACGUUAACAUAUUGAAUCACACACUGCUUUGUAGUUAUCCAUAUACUUAAUGAAAAACUGACAAAUGAAAAACGUGACAUUUUGGAAUCUAACAUGAAAUGCAGUGCUAGUAUUUUGGCUUCUACUAGAGUUUUGUUAUAUAGUUUUGUAGUUUCUUUGAUUACAUGAUGUUAAAUAAAAUAUCUAAACUAUGGCCAUAUGUUUUGUUUUAAUGCAUUUGGGUGUGAGUUGAGAAUCCUAAACUUUUACGUUUCAACUACGGCUAUGAACAAAAGUUUUGCAUCACCCGAUAAGAUGAAAUAAUUUUGCUUCAUAGUUGAAUGAAAGCUGCUGAAUAAUGUUACAUUAACAUAUUAAAUGACACACUGCUUUGUGUCUGUAUGCUUAAAAAAGCUGAGAAAUUGAAAUCUAACUUGGAAUACUGUACAAUGAUGGCUUCCAGGAGACUUGCGAUCUCAUUGUGUAGUUUAAUUGAUACUUCAUGAUAAAUAAAGUAUCUAAAUUAUGUUUUCUUUUAAUUGUCUCAAUCCUAAAAUUCUAGGUGAUGCUAAACCUUUGUCCGAGCUGUACAUAUAAAUCAGCACUGCCAUUAAAGUAGAAUGUUUAAAUCUUUAUAUAUUGUGUGUCGAUUGCAUCCUGUAAGACAGUGUGAAGUGUAGAUGAUGCUAUUAAAAGAGAACACCUUUACACAUUUCACUAUUCAGAAGCCACUAAUAAACUUUGCAUUGAUUUCACACUGAA